CGGUGAAAGAUGGCGUCCCGCGUGGGUCCUCGAGCCGCUGGAACCGACGGCAGCGACUUCCGGCACCGGGAGCGCGUGGCGAAACACUACCAAAUGAGUGUGUCCCUCAAGUCCGAGAUUAAGAAGUUGAUCUACAUGCAGAUAGCGCUGUGGCUUCUGGUGGCAGCGCAGAUGUGUGUCGCUCACUUCAAGCUGUUGCCCCACGACCAGGUGGCCAUGCCUUACCAGUGGGAGUACCCGUACCUGCUCAGCAUCAUCCCUUCGCUCUUCGGCCUCCUCUCCUUCCCGCGGAACAACAUCAGCUACCUGGUCAUCUCUAUGAUCAGCACAGGCCUUUUCUCGGUGGCGCCUCUCAUCUACGGCAGCAUGGAGAUGUUCCCGAUGGCGCAGCAGCUCUACCGCCACGGCAAGGCCUACCGCUUCAUCUUCGGCUUCUCCGCCGUCUCCGUCAUGUACUUGCUGGUGGUGGUCGCCGUGCAGGUUCACGGCUGGCAGCUGUAUUACAGCAAGAAGCUGCUGGACUCCUGGUUUACCAGCACGCAGGAGAAAAAGAAGAAAUGAGCACGCGGCCAGGAGUUCACCUGCAUGCAGCGAUGUCUGGGGGCUCAGGGGUGCCCUGCUCAAGCAGAGGCAGAUGGCGCUAUUUGGGAUUCUCUGCCCUCCCCAUCUUGCCAAGGGCU